AUGAACACUUCGCGCUUGGCCAGGGUCGCCUGGCGGGCAAAGUGGCCUGUCCCCCUCACCCGUGGAGCCGCCAGCAAAACACCACAACCGCAGAAACCAGAGCGGAUCAAUCCACGUCUACAACCUUUCGAAGACGUCGGACCACCACCAAGCCAGAAUGGCAUCUCACCACGCGUGCUGACCAUCCUCGGCGUAACAGCGCUAGGCAUCAGCACGUACUGCGGCCUCUUGUACGCGUCGUACCGACGCGAAGUAACACAAGGCCAGUCCCUGGACGUGCCACAAGACGUGUCAGCCCGGUACAACGAGACAGCCAGCACGUUCGACGCAGACGUCGAAGUCUCCGAGAAAGCAAUGCGGCUGGGCGCGAAACGGCUCGAUCUCGUCCGCAUGGCCCGCGGCGACGUCCUGGAGAUCAGCUGCGGCACGGGCCGCAACCUCGACUAUUACGAGUUAGGAGAGCGGCGCGGCGUCGACGACAAGGGUCACGCCGCGGUCCGCGGCUGUCGCUCGCUCACGUUUGUCGACCUCAGCCCGCAGAUGGUUGCCAUCACCCGCCAGAAGUUCGAAAAAUUGCAUCCGGGCUUCGCCCGCGUCGAUUUCCGCGUCCAGGAUGCCGCCUCUGUCGAGCCGCCUUCUUUCCCGCGUCCCCGGUCGUCGUCGUCGUCCCCGGCUCCUUGUUAUGAUACCGUGAUCCAGACUAUGGGUCUCUGCUCGAUCCCGGAUCCUGUUGCGGCUCUGCGCCAUCUCGGCGCUGUGACGGAGCCGCUGCACGGCCGGAUCUUAUUGCUGGAGCAUGGCCGCUCGCAUUAUACUUGGUUGAAUCGUCUCUUGGAUAAUCUUGCGCCCUCCCAUGCACAUAAGCAUGGUUGCUGGUGGAACCGCGAUAUCGGGGCCAUUGUGCGCGAAAGUGGGUUGGAGGUUGUUGAGGAGAAGCGCUGGCAUUUCGGGACUACCUGGCGGUAUGUGUUGCGGCCGAAGAAGACAGUGUAG